GCAAAGGCAAGGGCAUGAAGGGAAUGCCCCCUCAGAUGAUGCAGAUGAUGGCGGCCAUGAUGGGCAUGGCUGGCAAGGGUGGCGACAGCUGGAGCAAGGGUGGUGGUGGUGGCGGCGACAAAGGCUUCGGCAAGGGCGGAAGUGACAGCUGGGGCAAGGAUGGCGGUAGCAGCUGGAGCAAAGGUGGUGGCGAUAGUUGGGGAAAAGGCGGCGAUAGCUGGAACAAGGGCGGGGACAGCUCCUGGGGCAAGGGCGGUGGCAGCAGCAAUGGCUACAGCAAGGGCGGAGAUAGCUGGGGCAAAGGAGGUGACAGUGGUUGGGGCAAGGGCGGUGGCUCAAGUUGGAGCGGUGGGGACAGCUGGGGCAAAGGAGGAGGUGGUGGCUCAAGCUGGGGUGGCAAUGGAGCUGGCAGCUUUGGCAAGGGUGGUGGCUCAAGUUGGGGCGGUGGGGACAGCUGGAGCAAGGGUGGAGGAAGCUGGGGCGGCAAGGGCAAGUGGUGA